AUGAACCCCGAAAAUAUACGACACGUAGUUAUAAUAAUUAGCAUUUUGUUGUUCGGAUACUUUAAUGCCUCUCUGGCCGUAGAAAGGCAAAUAGAAGCUGAUUUAGAAGAGUAUAAAGAAGUCAUAAACAGAUACACAGACACCCGAAUAGAUGCCAUGCAUUCUCACAUUAUAGAUCUAAUGAAGAGAUUUAAUCAAACAAAAACAGAAGGUCACUUUAGCGCAAUUCCAGAAAGCAUUAAAAACUCCUGGGAUCUUCUAGAAAUGUUCUCACAGAGUCCAACAAGUGAAAUAAAAGAAAUCCUAAGCGAGCUGCGCAGCACAUUAACUUCCAUGGAAAAUAUACUAGAUCUCAGUGAGCUAGAAGAAAGCUCGUCUCAGAGCGUUGACUUGGCCUAUGAAACAAUUCGUAAUGUGGGAGAUGACAUGCACGAGCUUAUUCAGUUCUAUUUAAUAAUAGACAUAAACAUAAAUAGAAUGGAAAGCUUUAUUAUUCAAGCAAAAGAGAAAAGCACCCUAUAAAGGCACCACUUAAACAUACCCAGCGGCAUUGCAUACUAUGUGUAGCUUGCCUUUUAUACAAAUAAAUU